AAGAAGAAGAAGAAUAGGCUCCGCUCCGCUCCGCGUGUCUGAAACAGUUUGCGGAGAAGCUAGGCUGUAGCAGCUCUCCUACCAGGGGAGCUUUCACACAGUUUUCAAAAUGUUAGUGCUUUUUGAGACCGCCGCUGGUUAUGCCAUAUUUAAAGUCCUUGAUGAAUCCAAGCUGCAGCAGGUGGACAGCCUGUAUAAGGAGUUUGAAACUCCUGAAAAAGCCAACAAAAUAUUGAAACUGAAGCACUUUGAGAAGUUCCAGGACACAACAGAGGCUUUAGCAGCGGCCACUGCUCUUGUCGAGGGAAAAAUUGGGAAGAGUCUGAAGAAGGUUCUGAAGAAAAUUGUAGCCAAAGAAGCUCAUGAACAGCUGGCCAUUAGCGAUGCUAAACUGGGUGGAGUCAUUAAAGAAAAGCUGGACCUGAGCUGCGUUCACAGCCCCGCGGUGGCCGAGCUCAUGAGAUGCAUCCGGAGUCAGAUGGAGGGCCUCAUCUCUGGGCUUCCUCCAAGGGAGUUCAGCGCCAUGUCGCUGGGUUUGGCUCACAGUUUAUCCCGUUACAAGCUCAAGUUCAGUCCGGACAAGGUCGACACAAUGAUCGUUCAGGCCAUCUCGCUUCUAGAUGACCUGGACAAGGAGCUCAACAAUUACAUCAUGCGCUGCAGAGAGUGGUACGGGUGGCACUUCCCUGAGCUGGGAAAGGUUGUCACGGACAAUCUGGCGUACUGCAAGACCGUCCGCAAAGUCGGAGACCGUACCAACGUGUCCACCACUGACAUGUCCGACAUCCUCCCAGAGGAGAUCGAAGCCGAGGUUAAACUAGCUGCAGAGAUCUCCAUGGGAACCGAAGUGUCAGAGCAGGACAUCGGGAACAUCCAGCACCUGUGCGACCAGGUCAUUGAGAUCUCAGACUACCGCGCUCAACUCUAUGAUUACCUGAAGAACAGAAUGAUGGCUAUCGCCCCCAACCUGACGGUGAUGGUGGGCGAGUUGGUCGGCGCCCGCCUCAUCUCACAUGCCGGAUCCCUUCUGAAUCUGGCGAAGCACCCGGCCUCAACAGUACAGAUCCUUGGAGCUGAGAAGGCUCUAUUCAGAGCUCUGAAGACCCGCAAAGACACGCCCAAAUAUGGUCUGAUCUAUCACGCCUCGUUAGUGGGACAGACUACGGCGAAGAACAAAGGAAAGAUUUCCAGAAUGCUGGCGGCUAAAACAUCGUUGGCCAUUCGAUACGACGCCCUGGGAGAAGACACCAAUGCAGAGAUGGGAGUAGAGAACCGGGCCAAGCUGGAGGCUAGACUGCGACAGCUGGAGGACAGAGGGAUCCGACGAAUCAGUGGAACAGGCAAAGCGAUGGCAAAAGCAGACAAAUACCAGCACAAGAGUGAGGUGAAAAUCUACGAUCCAUCCGGAGACUCAACGAUUCCGUCCACUUCAAAGAAGAGGAAGUUUGAGGAAGUCGAGGAGGAGACUAGCGAGCAGGACCCAGUAACACCGGUGGUUAAAUCCAAAAAACCCAAAAAGGAACCACUGACAGAAGAGCAAGAGGCUGAAACCGCAACAGAGACUCCCAAGAAGAAGAAGAAAAAGAAGGACAAGAAGGCAGAGGAGGAAGCAGAAGAGCCGAAGGAGGAAGAGGAGGAGAUGCCAGUUAGUGAGUCAACAGAAAAGAAGAAAAAGAAGAAAAAAAAGAAGGUGAAGGAGGAAGAAGAGGAUGACGAGUAAAAAUAUCGGACACUGUAUAUAUUUUAUUUUAGUUUUUAUUUCUCUAUGGAUUUACAUCAUAUAUUUUUAUCCCAAGUCCUCAAAAAAAAAAGGAUUUAAGCAGAUCUCAUUUAAUGGGUGAGAUAGACGGCCUCUCCAGAGUUUGAGUUGAAUCUUAACUAGUUUCUAUUGUUUAUUUCUACCAACUUAUUUUUACAUAGUCUUUGUUGAGACAUCUGUUGCAAGCGUGAUCGAAUGUGAACGAUGAGGAAAUAAAUGCAGAUUUCUCAUUUCA